AUGGAGUACAGAACGUUGUGCAUUGUGGUGAAGGUGAAGAGAAAGGCGAAGUUGGUGAAGUCGAAGAACAUGAUAAAAGACAUUAAGCCAAUUGUUUAUACGGAUAAUUCAAAAAGUGUAGGCAGUAGGCUAAAGGAGGCUGGGAAAGUUAUCGAAACGUUCCAACAAUAUGACAAGACGUCAAUGUAUGUAAAUUUCCCUUUUAAGACAUUUGGUAGGGUAUUAGGCAAAUUUGAUGAAACAAAGACUCAAUUAGUUAGAGAAAUGGGUUUUGGCACAUUAUGUUAUGCUGUUGGGAAGAGAUGGGACAGUUUUCCCUUUUUCUUUUGUUCAGGUUUACUAGAUUAUGGGUCUACCUCACGGACGGAAUCCGGUAACAACGAAGAAUUACUGAAUGAGGUUCAAAUCCCUGAAGCAACAAACAAAAGGAAGAAACGAAAUAUCAAUAAGAAGGAAAAAGCAGAAGCAAAUGGGGUCAGUGAGGAGGUGGAGGAGGAGGAGGAGGAGGAUGCGAGCAAGAACAAGAAGACAGAAGAUAAUCCUAAGGUGGAGGCGGAGGUUGUUAGUGAUAAGGCUAAGGCUGAGGCUGUUACUGAUGAGCCUAAGGCGGAGGCUGUUACUGAUGAGCCUAAGGCUAAAACGGAGGCUGAUAAUGAUGAACCUAAGGCGGAGGCAGAGGUUGUUAGUGAUGAGAGCCUAAGGAUAAUUGCUUCUAAGAAUUCAACUCCUCCUAAAUGUGCUCCAGAUGGUGGUGCUUUUGAGAAUUUAACUCCUCCUAAAUGUGCUCUUGAUGGUGGCCUGGCUGCAGCAAUGGAUCUUGCAUUUCAGAAUAUGGACAAAGAGUGGCAAACACGAACCAUUUCUAAUUGGCCACAGUCAUCCCUUAACAUGAACACCCAAGGAAACUUUGCGAUUUUGCAAAAAACCACUACAGAGAAGAAUAUGCAAGAAGAAACUGCAAAAUCGGAGCAAAAUGUAUCUAAAGAUAUGAUUUUGGAGAAGAAUACUUCAGAGACGAGUAAUUUGUUGAAAAUUUCUGAAGAAAUAGACGAUGAUGAUGAUGUACCUCUUCAGUCAAGAGUAGACAAAUUGAAAAAAAACCGCCAAAAUGAUCCAAUUGUAGAUCCGGAACUUUUAAAAGAUAUUGACAAGUCAAUUGGUACGGAUUUAACAAUGUCUCCACUACCAAGUGAACAAAGUGAGAACAUUCCUGCUACUAAUGCAACAACUAAGAGUGUGUCUGCUACACAUAACACAACUGACAAAGAGAGUAGGGAUGAAAGCAAGCAAGAAGAAGUUCAACCAAAAGUGCAAAGCAAUCCAGUAAAGAAUAGUCUUGGCCAAAAAAAACCCAAAGAUGAUUCAAGAAUAACAACAUUAAAGGACAAGAUGCAAGAAAUACAUUUAGACAUAGAGAGAAACCCAAAAAAGUACAAAGAAUCGACAAUCAGAAUUAUGAGAAAUCUCAAAAGAAUGGAAAAGGCAAGCAAGGAAAUCAGGAAAGGUGAAGCAAAAAAGAAAGAAAAAGGGCCAAUAGAAGAGAAAACUGUGGAAAAAGAAGGACAAGAAGGAAAAAAAGGGACUGAAAAAGAGAAAAGCCCUAAAGACAAAACUGUGGAAGAUGUCUUUCCAAAGACAACAAAUGUAGAAGAAGGACAAGAGGGAAAAAAAGAGCCUGAAAAGGAGAAAAUCCCUAAAGAGAAAACAGUGGAAGAUGAGUCUACAAAGACAACAGAUCCGAAAGCACAAAUUGCACCUGAUUUUGUUCAAAUUGAGGAUGAAACUUAUCUUCUAGAUCAAGAUGAUGAUAAAGUUUCCACAAAACUUAGUGAGGAGACAGCUCCAUCAUCACAAAAAAGUGAUCAGUCAACCAAAAUGAAAACAAGAUACAAAAUGGUUGCAAGGAAAAACAAAAACAAAAGCCUUGUUGUUGUGCCAAGUGGUAGAAUUACAAGGAGCCAAGAUGUUCUGUUAGAUGAAUCUGAAAAGGGAAGCCUGAAGAAGGAUGUUGAACCUGCUAAAGAAACCGCAAAAAUAGGACAGAAGAGAAGAAUGUCUACAAGGAAUUUUCCUAUUCAAAAGGAAGCUGAUGCACCACCUCCAGCACCUACUCCAAUAAAAAAAAUGGCAGGUGCUCCUGCUGAAUAUCCUCCAGACCAAGGCAAAAAGGGUGGGAAAAAGAAAACUCUAGAAGAAGUGAAGAAAACUUCUAAGGUUGCUGGCAAAAGAAAAGCAGAUGUCAGUCCUGCCAAGAGAAAUGCUGGAAAGAGAAAAAAAAUACAAGAAGUACCAUCAGAUGAACCCUCUCAAGAUCCUACUGAUGAAAGUUCUACUGACAGUGAUGAUGAUAGUGAAGAGUCAGUUUAUAGAGCAGAAGAAGAGCCUGUCAGUGAGGAUGAUUAUGAGGUGGAGGAAGAGGAGGAAGAGGAAGAAGUAAAGCCAAGGAAGAAACAGGCAAAGAAAGGGAAUUCAGUGAAGGCAAAGGUUGAAAAGGAGGAGCAAAAGAUGGUACUGUAUGAUGAAGGAAAGAUUGAAGGUAGGAGAAAAAAGAAAAUGAAAACUGAAAUGGUUCAAGCAAUAGAAACUGAUGAAGUUGAGGAAAUUCAGGAAGAUGAAUUUGAGGAAGAGAAAUCUUCAAAGAGAGGAGGACAUGUGAAGUUCAUUGCAUGGAUAAAAAAGAUGACACCUACCCAAAAACAACAAGUUAUUGAUAUAGGGUUAGGAUCACUUCUUGACAUUAGUUUACCUCAACUUGAUCAAAAGUUCUGUAACUGGUUAUUGGGAAGUUUUGAAGAAAAUAGCCAGUGUUUUGAACUACCAAAGAAUGAAAAAAUAGAAAUUGAGGUAGAGGAUGUUAGGGUAGUUUAUGGCUUGCCUACAGGAGAAAUUCCAAUUGUUGAGCCAAAGUCUGAUAAAAUUAGUGAGGAGUAUGCAGAAUUUCUGAAGAAAUGGAGAAAAUCAUGGUCAGGAAAAACUCCAUCAGUGAGUCAGAUUGUGAAUGGAUACAUAAAUGAUAAAUUCACCAACAACAGACCACCAAGUGAACAUUUCAUUACUAACUUUUUAGCAGUGGCUGUGAACUGCUUGAUGAAAUGUGUAUCAAACAAUCAAUGCCAUUUCAAAUUUCUUUAUUCUAUGAUGGACAAAGAAAACAUAAAAAAUUUGAACUGGUGUCAGUUUGUAUAUGACUCACUUAUCAAAUGUCAUGUUGAUUGGAGAAAGCAGCAAGGCAAGGGGUUCUACAAAGGCCCUCUUCAAUUUCUGAUGUUGUUCUAUUUUGAUAGAGUUCAGAGGUUAGACAAAAGGCCUCCAAGAACAAUUCCUAUCAUAUCUGCAUGGAAUAGAGACAUGGUUCUUGAGAGGUUGAAGAUUGAAUUAGAAUUGGGAUUUGGGAGAGGGAAAAUUCUACCAAGGAUUGCUGCAGAAGUUGAAGAAAGUCCUAAGGUUUUUAUGGAUGAUUUUGUUUCCCUGGUAAAAACAACUUGUUCAAACCUGUCAAAGCUUUCUUCAAAAUUGGUGAAGGCAAAGGAUAUCUUCCCUGGAAAUGACUUGGUGAAAAAAGUUGAUGAAGUUUUAGGAAAGGUGGUAGCUAGGGAACCAUCAAUUCUAAGCCAAGAUGAAGAAUUCUUUGGCAGUGAGGAUUUCCUAAAUGCACUUGCACAAGCUGAGAAGAAUCUGAUGCAAGGGUCUGAAAAGCAAACAACUGAGAAGCAAAUGACUGGGAAGAAAUUAACCAAAAAGGGAAAGGAAAAAGAACAAGAAUAUGACAUCAGAAAAGCUUUCAGCUUGGGGUUGACUCCACCUUCUCCAGCCAUUGAAACAGGGCCCACCUUUUCAACACUUGGUGAUAUAAUUGAACAACCAAUAAUUUCAACAAAUGCUGGAGAAAAGGAUGUGGGUAAAACUUCAGCAGCUUCAGAACAAAGAAUUGAAGAAUUUUCUAGAACUGACGCAGCAACUGGUUCAAAAUUUGAUGCUGACACUAGGUCAGAUAAUGAAGGAUUGCCUAGAACAGGAUCUGGUUCAGUGGUUGAUGCUGACCCUAGGUUAGAUGGUGGUGAAAAAAGUGAUGAUCCAAAAAACACAGUUGGAGGUGGAAAACAAAACAAGGAAGAUGGUGUUACAUAA